UUGCCUAAAACCUGGAUAACAUCCAGGCUUAGAUUCACAAAUGGUAUAUAACUGUCACAAUGCUUAAGUAACAAGCAAUGUGAAGAAAAAUGCUAAAUAAAAAAUCAAAAGAAUUGAGGUUACUGUAAAUCAGAGACAAAAACAGAAAUUGCUGGAAAAGCUCAGCAGGUCCAGCAGCAUCUGUGGAGAGAAAACAGAUUUAACACUUUGGAUUGAGUGACCUCCUUCUUCAGAACUGAUCCAACAGGGAAGGCAUUUGGAGUAAGUGACAAGUUGAAUCCAUCAAGAACUUGCUCUGGUUUCCAUGUCAAAUCUUCCUGAAGACUAAUUUGUUUGGCAAGUUUGAUAAGAUCACAACCAGAAUAUUUACCUGAUGAGUUAGGCUGUUAGCAAGGUGUUUAACAAACAAUGAUAAGCAUCAAUUGUGAAUUUGCUUUCGUCUAGCAUAAAAGCAUGCCAAAGCCGCUUGAGAAAAACAGUAUUGACGCAGUAAGAUGAUCUGGACAUGUCAAGAUAGCCUCCACCAAAUAUCUCACCAAACUGUACCACACAUCUCACCAUAGCCCACAGUGCUCAGACUGCUGUAAUAUUCUGCACUGUGUGAUAAGUGGCUUGCUUCCUGAUCCCCAAAUGCCUAGUCAUCAUCUACACACUUCAAUUCAGGAUUAAGUUUGAAUGAUCAGCACUCACUCAGAUGAACAAAAUUGUAAUCAUACUCAAUGAGGUGAUCAUCAAUUAGACAAUCCUGAUCCAAAUAUCAAAACUUUAACCAAUAAAUUCAAUAGCUACUUCUCUGCCAGCAACAACAUACUGUGUAUAAUUCACUGUAAAAACACACCAGACUUCCUUCAAAAGCAUCUCCAAACCAUGCAAUUUCUAUUACAUAAAAGCAGAAGAGUAGUACUCUUGUGGGCAUGCUAUCCCUACGCACAUUUCCCUCUUAAGUCUCCCUACUUGGUUAUUUCUUUUUGAUCCUUCAUGUCAUUGAGUCAGAAUCAAUGUUCACUCUAAUAUUUGUUGUGCUGCAUUGACCUCUGAGUAGUCUGAGUGAUAUAUUUAAACCGGAUGCUGUUUGACCUGCUAAAUAUUUCCAGCAUUCUCUGUUAUAAUUAUCAUAAAGACUGCAAUGGUUCAAGUAAAAGGUAACUUGACAAUAAAUAUAGUCUUAUUAGUGCUGUAACCAUUUGGCAGAACAAAUAAUAACUUUUGCACUUAGACUUUGUUAAUGUAUUCCAUUGUAAUAUAACUCCAAUGUGAUUCUUCUGCCCUAUUUAACCCUUGAUGAGUAUAUCACCCAGCAGACGUGAUUUCUGGUACUGCAAAGAAAGACCAUAUGUCCAUGAGAUGUAGGAGCAGAAGCAGAACCAGAAUCAUUCAGCGCAUCAAGUCUGCUGCACCAUUCAAUGAAAGCAUGGCUGAUCUGAGGUUCCCAUGAAGAUCAAAACCAGAGAGCCAGCAGCUGAAAAACAGAAACAACAGCAAAGUUUGAUGAAUAAAGGACACUGAACAGACAACAAAGGGAGACUCCUUCACUGUUUGUAAAAUCCAAAUGCAUGGUAAAUGAUGCUUUGAAUGUAAAACACCCUUGUCUAAAAUAUUUUGCUUAUGUGGUAUGAAAUACAGUGAAAAAUGUCAUACGCGCUUAUUAGCCUAUGUCAAUGUUUAUGUUCCUCCCAACCUUUUUCCCAUCCUUUUAACUAUAUCAAAGUGGCUUCCUAUUCCGUUCAGGUACAGGCUUUCCCCGGGUUACGAAUGACCGACUUACAAACAUCCGUACUUACCGAACCGACCUCCGUAAAGUCUAUUAUUCUAAAAAAAGGGUUACAUACAAUGGUUCGUACUAAUGAACGAACGGAUUACUUUGCGUGACCCUCAAGACACUGCAUGUUUUCAGCCUGAGGGAGAACAACGUCACGCUGUCAUUUGGAACAAAUUGUGUCCCCAAUUCGCAGAUGGUUUUAAAGAGUUCACACCUGAGGGCAUCACCAAAGCCAGGCAAGCUGUGGCUGAUAUUGGUAAUAAUCAACUGCAGUUAGACAUUAAUGAAGGUGAUGUCGUAGACUUGCUUGAAUCCCAUGCCGAAGAACUGACCAAUGAGGAACUUAUGGAGCUGGAGCAGCAGAUGAUAGCAUUUGAGGAAGAAGGGCGGGUCCUAGAAACUCCAGAACCCAAUAGGUUUUUGACAAAGGAGUUAGCUGAAGCCUUUCAUCUCAUUGAAACAGGGAUGGCAAAGUUAGAGGAGCAAGAUCCUAAUAUAGAGAGGUUCACGAAAAUUUAUCGGACAUUUACCAAUGGUCUCAGCUGCUGCAAGGCCAUUUAUAAUGAAAAAAAGAAAAGCUCUGUUCAAGCCACUCUUAAUGUUUACUUUAAGAAAUUGACUUCAGAAAUAAACCUCCACUCUCCAGCAGCAGAAUCAGACCCUGACUCUUCAUUAACAGUAUCAAUCCCUGACUCAGCACCAGGCCCAUCAUCCAAUUAAUAAAGUAAUCUUAAUUAUUAAUUAACGCUCCCUCUGGUAUGCAAGACAUUGAUUGGAACAAGAAUAAGUGUUAAGCUUUAAUGAUUUUAUUUUCUAUCUAAACAGUUUAAGAAAUGUUUCUUCAAUGUUUUUUAUAUGCAUGUACACACAUUUUCUUUCUCUCUCAAUUGUAAAUAUUGUACUGUACUGUAGUUACAUUUAUUAUUAUUACUGUAUUAUUAUAUUUAAGAUGUUAAAAUAUAUACUAUAUACUAAGACAAACAUUUGAUUAAUUGACGCUAGAUGUGAACCGUAUAUAACUUCUGACUCCUGGGAUGGGGGAGGCCAGAACUAGAGUUAUAGGUUUAGGGUGAAAGGGGAAAGAUAUAAAAGA